AUGUCUAGAUUGAACGAAUAUCAAGUUAUUGGUCGUCGUCUCCCUACCGAGGCCGUUCCAGAGCCAAAGUUGUUCAGAAUGAGAAUCUUUGCCCCAAACACCGUUGUUGCCAAGUCCAGAUACUGGUACUUCUUGCAGAAGUUGUACAAGGCCAAGAAGGCUUCCGGUGAGAUUGUGUCUGUCAACACUAUCUCUGAGUCCACUCCAACCAAGGUCAAGACUUACGGUAUCUGGAUUAGAUACGAAUCCAGAUCCGGUAUUCACAACAUGUACAAGGAGUACAGAGACGUUACCAGAGUUGGUGCCGUUGAGACCAUGUACCAGGAUUUGGCCGCUAGACACAGAGCUAGAUUUAGACAAAUUCACAUCUUGAAGGUUGUCGAGUUGGAGAAGACUGAAGACGUCAAGAGACAAUACGUCAAGCAGUACUUGACCAAGAACUUGAAAUUCCCAUUGCCACACAGAGUCCAGAAGUCCAAGAAGUUGUACCAAUUCAAGGCUCCAACCACCUUCUACUAA